AAAUAAUUUUUGUAAACAUCAAGAUAGAUAUUUCAGGUCGAUAUUUGAGCGUAUUAGAGAUUGUAAUGUGAGAAAGUUUCACCAACUCACCAAACUCUCGGUGACUCCACAAAUAGCUACUCAAUCAAGUUGGCUAACUAACCUAACUGAUAGAUAUCUCCCGGAUUUUGUUGUAAAAAUGUUGUCAUUAGGCCCCAAGUUUUCCAUUCCUUAUAGUAAGAGUGAUUUUCCGUGGUUAGAUUUGAUGUCUGAUAUUGAGGGCUUCAUUCUUGGGCAAGAUCAUUUGGAUGUCGAUAUGAAGAAUGGCUUGCGAGCAUCGCUUUGUGGUUUGGCCUAUGGUUUUUAUAAAAGAUUAACAAACGGUGCUUCUCUGGAUCCAUUCCAUAAAUACCUUCUGUUUUUGUUUAGGAAAACUAAAGCAUUUCUUGAGGCCAACCCCGAUAUUUACGUGGUGAAUUCGGAUAAGGGAAAUAAGACUGUGGUGAUUAAUAAGAGCGAUUAUGAUCGUAAGUUGUUAGAUCUUUUGUCGGAUAGUGAAACUUAUAAGCAAUUGAAGGCUGAUCCAACGAUUGGAGUUCAAGUUAAGUCUAAUAAGUUGAUCAGACAAUUGGAAGAUUUUUCGUUGGUUUCUGAGAUUGAGGGUAAGAGACUGAGGAAAUAUAAUUCCGUUCCGCCGAAGAUUUAUGGCCUGGUUAAAAUACACAAGACAGGAAAUCCACUUAGACCGGUGGUUUCUUGUUGUAAUUCACCAACUUAUAACAUCUCGAAGUUCUUGUGUACAGUGUUGAGUAGGAUAAAGCACUUGUUUCCGUUUUCCAUCAGGAAUUCAUAUGACCUCAUCAAUAAGAUUAAUGGCAUAACUAAUAUACCUGAUGAUUAUGUUCUCAUAAGUGUGGAUGUAAAAUCCCUAUUCACUAAUAUACCACAAGAUUUAGUAGAACGAUUAAUAAAAGAUAACUGGGCUGUUUAUGAGAGCUGUGUUAAUGUUCCACUUGAUGUGUUGUUGAAUAUUAUUAAAUUCAUUUUUGAUAACAGCUUUUUUCAAUAUAAUAAAAGAUUUUACGCACAAGUGAGGGGCACAGCUAUGGGCAACCCAGCCUCACCAAUUUUGGCGGAAUUGGUUAUGAAUCACUUGAUCGCAUUCGUUCUGUCUGUUUUGAACUUUCAUAUACCGUUUGUCUUUGUUUACGUUGAUGAUAUAAUUAUGUCGGUGCCCAUGAGUAGAUUAGAAGAGGUAUUGAGGAUUUUCAACAGCUUCCAUGAGAAUCUCCAGUUCACACAUGAGAUGGAAAUAGAUGGUAAAAUUCCAUUCUUGGACCUAUUGUUGAUAAGGGAUAGUGGUGGUAUAAAAACUGACCUAUAUUCUAAACCCAUGGCAUCCCACCGUACAUUGCAUUUCAAUUCUCUGCAUUCAACAUCGCAAAAAAUUGCUGUCGUCAGGGGUAUCAAACAGAAGAUUCUUAGUUUGUCUGAUACAUCAUUUCAUCCGAAGAAUUUUAAACAGCAAGCGACCAUUUUAUGUCAAAAUGGUUAUCCUAAAACUUUAGUUAAUAAAAUUUUUUAUGGUUCGAAAUACUCAACUAGUAUACCUUCGACUGAUAAUGGUUCCGAUAAAGAGAUUUUCAGAUAUUACAAAUUAGUCUACAUUCCCAAAUUGAGUCAGAUGUUGAUUAGAUUGAUGAAGGGAACAUCUACUAUUGUGGUAUCAUAUUAUAAUAAAACUGUUAAGAGCCUAUUUUCCCGUUUGAAAGAUAUUGAUCCCCCAAUGAGACAAUCCGGUUUGGUGUAUGGGGUUGGUUGUUCGAAUUGUGAUGCUAUUUAUGUUGGACAAACGUGUCAAUAUUUCGGAUCCAGAUUGAGGCAACAUCAGUUAGAUUGUAAAAGACAAUCUGAGGCAACCGCACUUUCCCAACAUGCUAAGAAUGAGGGACAUCUUUUUGAUUUUGAAAAUGCGAAGAUUCUAACCAAGGAGACCAAUUGGUUCAAGCGUAGUUUCAAAGAGAUGUUGCUUAUAAGAAAACACCCCAAUUCUGUGAACUCGAGAUCUGAUAUUGGUUCACUCAGUAUUGCGUAUUCGAAUUUGAUAAAGGAAAUAAAUAAAUAGUUUUUCUCGAGUGCACGCAUUCCGACCGCGUAUGUGCGAUGUUCUUGUUUCAUUCAUAUCAAUGCGUCCAUACCUACCUGUACGUCACGUUAAUUUGAGACCCCGAGAUGAACCUGCUUUUUUCGAAUGAUUUUACGAGUUUGAAUUUUUCAGACGAUUUUUAAUUCAUUAUUCAUAAGCCUGAAGAAGAGAAGAAUUUUUCUCGAAACGUUGCUGCGUGAAUAAAUUGUAAAUAAAGUGUUCCUAAGACUGAAAAUUGUGUUCUUCAAUUAUUUUGGAACGAUACACCUUACAUAUAUAUUAUAUAUUGGUCAUAUAUUCCUCGACAUGGGGUUCUUCAAUCAGAUCAUGACGAUAUAUGGUAUGAAUAUGGUUCUUCAUUUCAAGGAGUGGUCCAAGGAUAACAAAAGGUUGGCACGAUCCAUCAACAACAGAAUUUUCUUACUGAGGUGCAGAAAGAGUGGUAUAUAUCCCAAACAUAUAGUCAACGAAGUAAAGUGUGUUUAUUCCCUAUUUCAAGAGAAACAUCCUUAUUACAGUAGAGUGUCUAGAAUACCUGAAGAAGAGAAGAAUUUUUCUCGAAACGUUGCUGCGUGAAUAAAUUGUAAAUAAAGUGUUCCUAAGACUGAAAA